AUGGCCUCCAAAGCGGUAGCGAAAGCUGCAGGAGGCGUCGUGAGCCUCAGCCAGCUCUUUCCAACCACGCAGAAACAAACCCUCGAAUCGACCGGCAUCUGGGACCGCGUCCGCCGCGUCUUCGCCGUGGACCCGAACCGCUCGUCGGGCGUGCCGCUCAACCCGUGGUACCGCAACCCGACGCCGGGCGGGCUCGACCCGCUGGGCUACGACGACCCGGUCACGGCCCCCGCGGGCGACAUCGCCGACAACCCCUACUGGAAACGCGACGGGCGGCGGUCGUACCCGCGGCUGAGCUACGUCAACCAGAGCGACGCGGUCGGGCUGCUGCAGCUGGGCAGCGCGGCGGCGCCGAAGCAGGAGCUUAUUGGUGAGAGCGGCGCCAAGCAGCUGGUCGCUGUGAAAGAAGAGGGCGAGAGUGAGGGCGGGCUGGCGGCGUUCCUGGAGAAGAGCGUGGGUGUGGCGAAGGAUGAUGUGCUGGUCGAUGGGCUGCCGCCGCUGCCGAGCGGACACCGCAUGCGCGGCGCCGAGGGCAAGUGGGUGGCCGAGCAGUACGAGCUGGCGGAGGAGAAUUCUUAUCCUGAAGAGUACCCGUGCCGAAACUUCAAGUAG